AUGGGCAGUGUCUAUGUGCAGAACCUCGAGGAGCGCGCCAAGUCGGAGCCGCUGACCGAUGCGCUGCGCACCAUCUUCUCCGAGUUUGGCCAGGUCGUCGACGUCGUCGCCAAGACGAACCUCAAGGCCAAGGGCCAGGCGUUUGUAGUGUUCGCCGAGGCGGCGAGCGCGCGCGAGGCCGCCGAGGAGAUCAACGGCUUCCCGCUCUUCGACAAGCCCAUGCGCCUGGCCAUGGCCCGGUCGCGCAGCGACAAGACGGUCGAGAUGAGCGGCUCCCCGGCCGAGCUCGAGGCGCACCCACCCCCCUCUCUCUACAAAACCAAGCGAGACAAGAAGCUGACGAAGAGGCACGGCAAGCGCCCGGGCGGCGGCACGCCCGCGGACGGGCGGCCGUCCAAGAUCGCCAAGCCUUCGGGGCUCAAGUCGACGUCAGUUGCGCAGGCGGCCGUCAUCCCGGACGAGUACCUGCCGCCCAACAAGAUCCUGUUCCUGCAGAACGUGCCGGACGACUACGACGUCGAGGGGCUCGCGGGCAUCUUUGGCCGCUUCGACGGCUUCCGCGAGGUGCGCCUGGUGCCCGGGCGCCGCGGCAUCGCGUUCGUCGAGUACGAGGCCGAGCAGGGUGCUGUCGCGGCCAAGGAGAGCACGGCGGGCAUAACGCUGGGCGACAGAAACUUGAAGGUCACGUACCAGAGGCAAUAA